ACGUCCGUCUUCAUCCGGGAGUGUUUGUCGCUGUCGGCUGCUGUUCGCGAUUCCGAAUGAUUCAAUCGAAACGAGCGCGGGGUUGAAUGCAUCGCCCUGACACGCUUCCUCUCUCGCACGUUUACCAGAGCGCGCGGCUGGCAUGUGACAGCGUCCCAUCGUCGUCGUCGAGCCUGAGUGCGAGCAUGAGCGGCGAAAAGUUUCCCGACAUCCGAGUCGUGGUCGGGAUUCAGUACUUCAGCGAUGUGCCGGCCUCGACCAAGUGCCAGCCCACGGUGCUGGGAGCCGUGGUGCUCGAGAGUAGUGCCAUCAGUGCGGACGAACUGCGGCGCAUCAUGUGCGACCAGCUACCCUCGCUGCCGACCCACUUCACUUUCGUCACCAAGGAGAGGUGGCCUGUCCAGAAGACGCAGGAGCAUCUCGUCCGAGUCUCUCAUCUCAUGACAGAGGACAGGAUAGUCAGCAUUUGCAGGCAUUACGAAAAGCCGAGGAUAGGAGUCAUGUCGACGGGUGGUAGCUCCCUUGGGUUUGUCUUCAGCGACUACAACGCUGUCCUGAGGCAGUUCCGUGAGGCCAUCAUUGAUCAGUUGCACGAACCCAAGAGGGCCGGGCGGCCAGAGUUCCGGUUUGUGGAGGACAACGGCUGGCCGGUGACCACGCGACAGGAGACGUCGCUGACGGUGCUGGACGUGAUGAACAACCGGAGCCUGUUCAUUCAGAUGGGCGCCCUGCCCACGGGCGACGUGGCACCCAGCAGCAUCAUGGCACCGCCGCUGAGCAACGCCCUGGUGGCACCGCGCAAUCAGAUGUCGGUGGCAGCGCUGCCCGCCGAUGACUGGGAGGGCAAGCGCAAGAAGUCCGUGCGAUUUGGCAGAAAUGAACCAAAGCCCAUUCUUAUAAGUUAUGUACGAGCCGAGACUGCGCAGCAUGCUCUGAACCUCAAACAGGAGUUACACAAAAUGAAUUUCAGUGUAUACCUUGACAUCGAUGAGAUCAAGAUUGGAAGUGACUGGCAGGAUGCGCUCAAUUACGCAGUGAGCGAGUGUCACUUAUUUGUGCCUCUAAUCAGUCCCAUGUAUGGCAAGACACAAUGGACAAAUCGAGAGGUCAAACUAGCAGACGUGCUUCACAAAGUGAUAAUCCCCGUCAACUUCCUUGAGACCUGGCCACCAGAGUGCCUUGCUAUUCAAUUUGCAUCCACUCAGUACAUUGCAGCUUGGAAGGCUUCAGAACAUGAGACUGGCCAGGGCAAGCAAAACCGGCCAAUGGAUCAGUGCCCUGAUCUUGGAGCACCUACUGGCUCUACUCCCACAGGAGAGGGUUAUAAAUAUGACUACAGAGUGUGGGAUGAAACUAAUUUAAAGAGAGUUGCCAAAGAGAUUGCUGAACGUUACAGGCAGACAGUCAAAAAGGAACAAAUUGCCGAACGUCGAAGCAAGACAUCUAGCCUAAAGAUCAAAAGAUCUUCGCACUUAAGCACUCUCGCCACCGUUGACGAGCAGUCAAUUAUGCGACUCGGUUCUCCAGCAGAAGCAACCGCUGCCCUUUCUGCAGCAGAGCCACUCGAACCUGUGGAGACCAAGGAGCUCAUUGUGAUAACAGCACAUCCAAAACAAAAGGAGAUGGCACAAGUUAUUGCAAGAAUGCUUGAGCAAGAUGGUUUCAGAGUCUGGAGCACAACAGAGCUGAAUGAAACAAGAGAUAGCUGUUCAGACACGGAAAGCAUUCCUACCAACCCUAACACACCUCGGGAGCUUGCACCCAUUCCAGAAGGUGAACGUGUGUUUAGCGACACAUACAGAGAGGCCAACAACCGCAUCCUGGAACACAAGCGGCUAAGUUCGCUUAGGGAGCAAGAAGCACCUGGAUAUGCCACAUAUUCUGUCACAGAAGGUCGUUCAGUGUGCCGCCUUACAUCACAGGCUAGUGAUGCGAGUGUUGUAUCUAUGCUUGCGGGAGAGAAACUCGAGAAGCUGACUCGAUUCCAACAAAAAGCUGUUCAGGCCAAAGUUGUCAUUGUUUUGAUUACAAAAGAAUUCACAGCAUCACGCACCUCUGAACAACAGGUAUUCUAUAUUGAACACAGGAAGCAUGUAGUUUUAGUCAAGUGUGAUGACUGCCCAAUUCCAUGCUGGUUUACAUCACUGAUGGGCAAUGACAUCAUUUCGAGGGACAACCCAGAGUUUGAAAACAUAUUGAGGAUCCGGAUAAGGCGUGCAACAAGCCCUGAUACUUCAGAAACCCCGAAGGAUGCUGCUGCAGAAGCCACAAUGCAAUGCCUGGUCAGUUUCAUCAAGAAGGAAAUCCCAAAUCUGGAAACAUGCGUGUACAUUGCUGGGAGCAGCAAGCUGCAGUCAACAAGAUCAGUCGAAAUAUGCAAGGAGAUUGGCAAGGAGCUUGCGAAGAGGCCAAACCUGGCUGUUGUGACAGGAGGAUUUUUUGGUGCACCUGAUGUAGUAGCAAGGAUGUUUCACGAAUGCCGAGUCAACAAUGGUCACACUGACCCUCGAGUCUUUCACAUACUGCCAAAGCGAGAUGACAAGAUUUUCACUGGCAAAGUGCAGCAAAACAGUGAUGGUUCUUUCGCAGCAGUCAACUAUGGGCGAAACCUGUUCCUUGGGAAUUCAGUUAAAGAGCGUGAAAGUGCAGUGGCACGUGCUUUUGACACCUGCAUCGUGGUAGAAGGUGGUCCUUGUGCAGCUCACGAGGUUGAACAAUUCGUCUGGAGUGAUCACUUUGUUGUGCCUGUAGUCUCGACUGGAGGAGCAGCUGGUGGUCAGUUUGGUGUGCCUCUCAAGAUCUUAGAGACUCCACAUGGCAUCACUGAAGAGAAGUGGUCUGUCCUGUCUGAGAAAGAAGCAACACCGACCGAAGUGGCCAAGGCUGUUGUGGAGAUUGUUGUGCAACUCAAACGAGCCAUGAUUUCCCACACCAAAUCACACUUGGUGCGUAACAAGUACAAAAAGCUCAAGAAGCGCAACAAACACGGCCGGGAGCCAGCCGAGCAGCAGACAACAGAUUCUUCACACACCACAGACUCUGGUCCCGCUCCAAGUGUCAAGCCCACAGUGUCCUUCCGUAACAUAUCCCACUGGCAAAGGAUACUGAACUACUUUCGCAAGAAGUCCACUUCCUAGCACUGCUUUCCAAGGGCCAUCGUAGAAGUGGGGACACUCCAAAGAACAAACUAUUCUAGUUGCACUUGAGCAGCCUUGAUGCCAUGUCCAGGCAGACUGGUGUGCAAGUCAUCGUGUGCAUUUUAGUUUCUUGGAAAGUCACUGACUUCCAUUCACCGAGAAUGAAAGUGAAUUUCUGUGUUGUACAAUGGCACUUCAACAGCCUGCAUGCAAGCCUCAUCACAUCUUGUAGUAAUUAUCAUACAUCACAUUUUAGCCAUGAGCACAGCAGAUUUGUUUUGUGCAGCCAAAACAUAACUUUAUUGAGGUAUUCGAGAUAGCACGUCUCAUUCCAUCAGCAACAACUCGGCAGGUGCUGCCUCAUCUUUUUUUUUUUUUUUUUCCCUCUUAAAGGCCAACAUGUUAUCACAGUUUGAACCAACCUGCAAGCAGUUGUCACCUGCCUAGCAAGCUAUGCCAAACGCUGAACAGCAUUAUAUAUACAUGGCCUGAGUACAGAACUGAUCACAAUGAUUGUACAUAGUGUUGUCUCCACAUGAAUAAACUAUCACCUCUGCUGAACCGCUCUCACUGGUUGGCAUGUAGCAGAAAGGGCCCAGCGUAGAAACUAAGCCAACCCAUGCUAUGUACAUGUGUGCCCGAACAGUCCCUUUCCUUGCUGAGGCUCACAUCAGCUUGAGGCGUUGGCUGAAGUCCUUCUGUUGCUGCUCCUUCCACUCCCGCUUGACAUAGGUGCGCUUGAGCAAGCCAUCCCAGUUUAGGUCGAGAAGGCCACCCUGCUCAGCAAUCUUAGACUUGACUCGGUUGGCAAACUCCACUGAUGACUCAUCAUCCUGGAAAGAGCGACAGCACAUCUUCACAUUGCCAGCCUCCGAAAACGGCAUUGCAUUACUACAAGAAAAAAAAGGCAGCAACAGCUAAGUGGAAUAGGCAUAUAUAAUCAUGACAAAGGCACAAUGGAUAACCUUACACAGCUUUGACCCAAAGUAUGUGCCCUUUCAUGUUACUGCAAUGCACUCAGGGUAAUGCGAGGUGCAAUCAAACAGGCAUGCCACCAGUCACAUUCCCCAGAGAGUUCUAGCAGACCACAUGAAGCUCACAAGGCACUGCACUUUCUUCAUGCCUCUCAGAAUAAAGCUCUGCAUCAGCAUGGUGCCCGGCCACGGAUGACAGAUGCUGCAAUACUUUGAAUUUAGCUUGUGAGCAUUCAAAUGUAUGUGUGCUAGCAAAUGAAAUGUGUAUUAAAUUAUUGUAUUUGGUCA